AUGCUGCAUUUGAAACUGCUCAAUUUUGUGAUUGAUACUUGGACUCCAACAGACGACUGUAAUCUUUUGUUCCUUGGAGACCAACUGAGGCCACAGUGGACCACAGUAGCAAGCAACUUCAGUUUUCUGAAGACCCCACUUCGUUGCCAACAGAGAUAUGAAGCCCUCCGUACGGCUCCUGUGGACAAGCCGAAAGCUUCUACAGAUCCGAAGGUGGCUGAAACAGGGACCCAUGGACCUCAAAAGCCAAGCACACCAAGGACUGGCCAUAAUCAUAAGGAAAGGCUUGUAGCAAGGCUUAAAAAGGUCAGCCGGAAGGAGCUACCAGUUGCUGGGGACGGAAAUUGUCUGUAUCGUGCACUUUCCCAUCAACUUUAUGGUGAUGAAAAGCACUAUAGAUAUGUCAAGGAACUUGUUAUUGCUCAGCUGAGAUCUUGUCCGGCGCUUUAUACCUGUUUUUUCAACGGAGACUAUGGAAAGUUGGUGUCAGAUGCAGCUAAAGACGGAGCUUGGGCCCCUCUGUUGGCUGUGAGAGCUGCCUCAGACUUGUUUCAAAGAAAUAUAGUCAUGGUUGGCAAUGAACAGGAUAGAGAGAGCUAUGUGUUCACCCCCCAACGAAAAGCUGUGCCGUGGGAGACUCUGUGGAUAACAUACCAUAAAAGUCAUUGUAAUUCAACUGUGAAGGAUGACAUGGAGUAG